AUGUCCAACAAGGAUACAGAAACCGACUGGUCAGAGUCAGAGCUACAGGCACAACUACUGGCCGUUAUACAACACUACAACCGCCCUUUGGCUUUUUUCCUUGACGGACUGGACGAGGUAUAUCCACAGGACGGAGUCCUCCGACUUUGCGGUCUGCUCGACACAAUAAAGCAGCUGGCAGGAGCAUCAGUUCAAGUCAAAAUCUGCCUGGCUUCUCGCCCAGAGACACUCAUUUCUACAUUGCUAGGGCGCUUCCCAAAACUGCGCCUCGAGAAUCUGAAUCACGCCGACCUCCAGCGGUAUGCCACGGCCCACAUUACCAUUCCUCCGGACUACAACAUCAACGCAUCAUCCUCUCUGACGAUCCCUCGCGGCGAAGCACUCUCUCAUCGGAGGACGCUGCACAGCCAUGACGAACUUGCAGAGUGGCUGGUGAACACUCUCGUGGGUGGUGCCAAUGGCAUCUUCCUCUGGUUGUGCCUGACCGUCUCGACUGUGUGCCAGGCAUUGCGAGAAGGGGAGACGAUUGAGGACCUGGAGAGCCGUAUCAACACUCUACCGACCCAAUUGGCGGAUCUAUUCGCGGACAUGUGGACAAGAGCGAAUGGCAACACUAGGCAGAUCAGAAAACGCGCUGCGUCAUACUUGCAGCUGGCCUUGUACAAGUCUCGUCAAGUCCCCAAGCAGUCGUUUGACUGCAUGACAAUGGCCUUGGCAAUGAACCAGAACUUGAUGCGCCAGGUACUGGAUGCUGCAUCACCAGACCCCACGAUGAUUGAGAAACUGACUGAGGCAUGCGAGUGGUCGCAGCAAGACACAUUGGCACGCUGUGCGGGCUUACUUCGUUGCACAAGGCCGAGAGAGGUCCCGGAAUCUGAAGAAUAUGCCUUCCCAUGGUAUGGUGGAGUUUACGGAAAGCUCCAACAGUUGAGCAGAACUGAUUAUAGGUGCAUUCAUCGUACCGCCUUUGACUUUUUUGACACGACUGGGGUAGGGCAGGCUAUUUUGGCGGAUGGCGAGUUCCCUGGCAGCGUCGCCCUACACCGGUCUUUCGAAGCCGAUCUGGCGUACAGCCGCCUCUUCAGGCAUGCCACGUUCAUCUGUGAUGACCGCGGCGGUGCAAUCAUGCAGAAAUGUGUUACAAGCUAUCUCUAUUUGGUUUUGAGCGACUUGUGGCCGACCGGCAGCAGGGUCCUUGAUGCCGAUGUUGCGGAAACACUGCGGCUGCUUCGGCAGUGUGAGCGGCUUUUCCGACUGGGCGUACUGUCCUUGUCGACCGUCACCCCGCCUCGGAGUAUGCGGUACAUCCAAGGGCCAUUCACACCAGGCAUGCGCACGUCUUACGGGACUUCUUCUGUUCAACGCGAGCAUGAGUUUCUCCUCGAGCUCGCCCACAGCAAACUCAAACACGAAGCUUUCAGAUUUAUUCUACUUCUGAUGAAAGACCGCAGGCGUGAUGCGUAUACCCUGUCUCGUCUUCUCCAUCAUGCUUGCUCUCUCGAGAAGCACUUCGACGACGCGCCUGGCAUGAUUUCGAAGCGCCGGAAAUCAAUAGAAACCCUUCUUCAGUGGGGUGCGGAUACGUACACAGCGAUUAUAUACCCACAGAAUGUCACGCAAUGGGGCGACGCACCGGCCAUCGAAGUCGAGGGCACGCCCUUGCGGGCAUUAAUCACGUCUCUGUGGUAUGAUGCAACACAAAGGGCGUUGCAAGAGGGGUAUUUCCGCAAGCUCUGUGAUCUUGCAUCAUUGCUCGUCGCUCACGGAGCGAACCUGCAUGAGGAGCUCCAUGUUGUUCUUGAGAUCAAGCGGGACUUCAUUGCGUUCAGAGAACUAUGGCGUUUCGAUCUACGCGAGCGCCGUCCUGCCUGUUCGACUGACGAUAUCGGCCAUCUGGUUGUCAUUGUGGCCUAUUCGUUUCCGUCCAUACUAAGCUUGAUCCGCCAUAUUUGUUUCAGAGACGUCGUGUUCAGUGCCGAUGGCGCGCUCUGCGAUUUUCAGUGGGACUGGCAGAGUCAGGGACGGGUCCUUGCUGUGGUUGACUUAAACUCGGGCCGACCUCGAGAAAGCCGUUUCUUGACACCACCGAUAUUUUGUUCGGAAGACAUCUUCCCUGAGAGCUUGCUACGGGGUUCCUUCGAGGAGCUCACCCACCUUGUCAAGUUCGCCACGGACUGCUUGAAAGAGCCUCGCGUCGUUUAUAACCACGCAAACAUUUUUUAUGGGUACAUGCACUGCAAGACACAAAUUCCUCCGGAUAUUCAAUCAGGGACUUUUCAUGCUCUCGAGCGGAUAAGGGCUCUGGCAGUCCCAGUGGAAGCCAGACGUCGUGAACUCAGAGCUUCGUUGGGUGUGCAGACACCUCUGGAGGAUUUCGAAUGGCAAAACAACAAUGAGGCGGGGCCGCCGUUCACAGAUUCAGACUUCAUUCAGCGUGUUCAAGAUUAG